AAAUAUUCAACCAAGGGAAUGGUUGAAAAAGACAUUGAUCAGAAUUUUUUUCAUCGCUUGUUCAGCAAUGGUAACGAUUACUCGAUACGGAAACAGCAACAGUGCUAGGUAGGAAUAUUCUACGGAUAAGAUAGUCGAGGAUGUUCAGCUCGUUGAGACUGACCAGUAUGCGCUCGCACAAAAAUCGUGCCAGGCCAGGAAGCGUGGCCACGUCCGCCAGUUCAGAUUCAGCUCGACCAGACGAAAUCUCACCCCAGUCUUAUUAUCCAUACAGUUUUUUGCUAUUAGAUGAUCAAGAUACUCCUGUAUCCACUCCUUCCAGUGUAUCCUCCAAAGUUGCCCAAGUAAGGGUGGAACGUGAAGGGGGAAGUCUCGGAGUUACCCUCAGAGGUGGAGUUUCCAGAGCUUUAGUGGUUACUGGAGUGAAGUCCGAUGGGCCAGCGGCUAAAGAAGGAAGAGUCAGGCCUGGAGAUAGAUUGUUAGCUGUAGAUGACACUGAAUUGAGGGGUCUGACCUUAGCAGAAGCUCAAAGAGCGCUUAGGAGGAGCUCUGAUGCCCCUGUAGCUUCUUUGACUAUUGAAUACGAUGUUGCUAAUAUGGAAGAAGCGAGGGCAGCUACUUCCGGUCCCUUGUUGGUGCAAUUAGAACGUGGACUCUCGGGAGAAUUAGGCCUGACGGUGAGAGAAACGCCAAACGGAGUGUACAUUGAAAGUUUAAGACCAGCAAGUACUGCAGAUCGAUGUGGAGCUUUGCAACCUGGCGAUAAACUGUUGGCAGUGGACGAAACUCCUGUCCAGGAUGCUGUGACGGCUGCCAAAUUACUCAGAAAUAAUUAUGAUUCCCGCAUAGCUAGAUUGCAGAUCUUACCUAGACCUCCCAGUGCUUCGCAGAGAACCGUAAAAAGAAGAGCGCAACCGCAGGCGCAGCAGACUUCUAAUCAGACUUUGCAGACUACAGAAAGCCUAACUAUAGUCCUCAGACCUGAUCAUAAGGGAUUUGGUUUAGCUUUAAAGCUCACCGACGACCGUUUAAAUUAUAUUGUUAGUCUAUUAGAAGCUGGAGGUCCGGCAGAACGCAGUGGAGUACUCCUUCCUGGAGACAAAGUGCUUGCUAUUAAUCGUAAAAUGCUUCGAGAUCUUCAACCAGCUGAGGUUACUGGUAUCUUGGAAACUUCUCAAGUAAUGGAAUUGGUGAUAGAAUACAAAGUUGGUGGACCAGUUGUACCUAGUUCAGGAGUAUUCACAGUGCGAGUGGCAAGACCUGUAGGCGGGCAGCCUGAUGUAGGUCUCACAGUGAAUGAAGAUUUGAUCAUUAGUGAGGUUCGCAAGGGAUCUUUAGCUUACAGAACUGGCAGCUUAGCACCAGGAGAUAGAUUACUAGCAAUAGACGGGCAAAAACUAGAUCCUGGUGAUCUCCGACAAGCUGCACAAUUGUUACAUCGACCAGGAAGCUCCGUUAUCUCUCUGACUGUGAGAAAACCGAAUCCUAUUUCAGAAACAAGAGAGUACUGCAAGGACUCGAUCAUAGGUAGCGACUCAGUGCAACAAUAUUCUCCAGGAAUUCUUCGACCGGCUAGAGAGAGUCUACCAAGCGUAGAUAGUGCAGUGGAUUCUUGGGGAGAACUGGGAGAGAAUAAUGGAACAGGCCCAGAGAUUCUAAGGCUUUGGGACACGGCUUCUGUGGAUAGUGGACAAUUGGAACUAUCUAUGCCUCCUUAUCCUGGACCACAAGAAUGCAAUAAUCCAGAUAGACCACAACAAAUAGUCCAUGUCUCUUUGCAUAAAGAUCCAGUAUAUGAGGAUUUUGGCUUUUCAGUAUCUGAUGGUCUAUAUGAACGUGGAGUUUAUAUAAAUCGUCUUCGACCUGGAGGACCGUGUGACGGUGUUUUAAAACCUUAUGACAGAAUUCUUCGAGUAAACGAGGCUAGCACGGAAGAUUGUGACUGUUGUUUGGCUGUUCCAUUGAUUGCUGCGGCUGGUCCACGUUUAGAUCUCACCAUAGCACGAUCAGUAUCUCCUCCUAAUAUUAUAAAAACUCUGUAAAGGAGAGCAAAUCAAAGUGUAAUGUGGAAAAUGGUGGUGAAUAUAUCUGGUAUAUUUUUGUACACACCUGUAUUUUAUUUAUAAAAAUAAAUGUAUAGAUUGCUUUUAGCUAGAACAUGUUCUCCUGCAUACAACUCACGCAUACCAUCAAAACAUAUCAUACCAAAACAUACGCCUCUAGAACAUCAUGUAUUUAAUCCUCUAUGAAUUAUUUCGAAAAUUUGUAGAGGAAAGUAUAAUUGCUGGAACUAAUAUAAUAAGGCACUCGAUUCUUGAUUCUAAUAAUUGUGAUUAAUGGAUUUUAAUUAAAUUAAUUUCCAAAAAACUAUUUCAUGCUUUUAUGAUAUCUAGAACCUCACUGUAUUCGUUCCAUCAACUAUAUUCUUAUAAUUCAUAAAUUAAUAUAAAUAUUAUAUAAAAAAAAAAAUUAUUU